GAGCGAUAUUCGCCGACAGAUGGCGCGAUCGUCGCGAGAGCCUACAGGUUAUGUGCGUCUGUAAGAUAGCGGACUGAAAUUUAAUUCUUUUCGUUGAAGAAGACGUAACUCGAACGAGAAAAUCGUGAAACGAUGUAAUUUGUAAUCGCACCGACUCGACUCGCAGAAUGGAUCGCCGAUUUCGCACUCGCGCCCGAUAACCACGUAAAUACCUGCUCCCAGGAGAGGUUAGCUCUCCUCCGGCUCGAGGGAGAGGUUAGCUCUCCUUCGAAAAUGGCUGUGGAGUUUCUGAUAAAUCGGCUCAAGGCCCUGUUCGUGUUGCUCUUCGGCAUAUUUAAGAGGGCGAUGUGCUGCCUUCGCCGCCGAAGAAGAUCCUCCUGCGACUCCGUACCUCUAUCCACGGUCGGCGUGGUACCUAAUGUUUUAAAUAAUUCAACGGAAUUAGAACAGUGGGACAAAUGGGAGGAAAAUCCAGUCGUCGUGAUACCUGACAAACCAGUUAAUACGAUACAAGCAAAAAUAGAGCAGUAUCGUCAGCAAGUAAACAAACCCCUGGAAACAUCCACUGAAGAGCAGCUCAACUUUUUUGAGGAUAUGACCCCAAAAAUCACUAGACAAACAAAAAUCCUGAUAAAGGAUAAACACAUGGAUGGCUUAUCUCGUAACACCACAAAAUUCAUAGCCAUGGAUCCUGUCCCAACUAAUGAAUUAGGUGAAUGGGAAGAGAACGCUACUGGCUGGGAAGUGGACACUAUGGAAGAAUUCGGCGACCCUACCAAAGCGCUGCGAGAGCAAAAAAGGAGGGAGAGAGAACAACGGCUGAUUGAGCAGCAGCAGAAAAGAAUGGAUCGUACAGUAAAACCGCCAGUAUUGGGCGCAAAACUGUGCUCCUGAUGCGAAAUCACAAACACAUGGAAGUUAAUAUCAAAAUACAUAAUAAUGUACAAUCUAAUGGCAUACACAUAUUGGAAAUUCUCCAUCUAGAAAUUGGCUCAGUCAUGCUAAUUAUAUCAUGAGUAAAAUACGUUUAUUUUUAAAUAGAACGAUGAAGUUGCAUUAUGUGCACUUCAUCUGAACGUGUGCGAACGCUCGCAACGGUUUCUCAAUACUUAAACACUCGGGUGUAGGUUUUCUCAACGUUUCUCGGGAGUAAACGGGAUGUCGACAUGUCUGUCCUCAUAAAAACCAUAAUAUUUGUAAACAUUCCAUGUGAAUCUUGUACAGUAUCGAGUGUGAUAUGUUUUAGCUUUUACAUAAGACAGAAUAACUGUUUUGCAAGUUUAUAAUAAGUCGACGCGAUUUAACGAGUGGAUUUUUCAUCUUACCACGAAUGUCGCUGUAAUCUUGACGAAUUUGUAAUCUUCGUACUGGCAGAAUUUAUAGGAGGCUGAUCUUACAAAGGAAAAAAAAUGUUAGUAAAUAUUUUAACUUGUUGUAGAUUUUGUCAUGAUUUUUUUGUUAUCCAUACGUAAUUAGAAUAACGGUGAUCAUGGAUUUUUAAGUAUUUCGUAAUAAACUACGCAAUUGUUUCGAUUUAAAAAUUCAA